AAGCCCGCACUCCCGGACUCGCCUCUACCACAGAGCCGAGCCCGUCUCCGGCACCAGGCAGAGCCCAGAGCCAGCCAGAGAGCGAUUCGCCGCCGCCGCCGGCGUCAAGCCUCCAGGGAGCGAUCCCCUCCGGCCACCCAACACCAACAGACUCGCCGUCGCGCCCCCCGCUCCCCCUCAAGCCGCCCCGCCCGCGUCUCCCUCGAAUCUAGGGUUUCCGCCGCCGCCGGAUAGGGGAGGGGGAAGGGGGGAAGGGGAGGAACAGAACCAGAGCCAGAGCGAGAUGGCCGGAAGGCUCCUCGGACAACUCCUCGUCAUGGGCGGCGCCGUCGUCGGCAGGGCCGUCGUGCAGGCCUACCGCCAGGCCAUCGUCAAUGCACAGCGAACCGGAGCUGCCCAGGAAGCUGUCAACGGUAUUCGAAGGGCUAGCAAGGCCAUGACCGAGCAAGAAGCCCGGCAAAUAUUGGGUAUCAGUGAAAAGACGAGUUGGGAAGAGAUCGUGCAGAAGUAUGAUACGAUGUUUGAGAAGAACGCCAAGAGCGGAAGCUUCUAUCUGCAGUCAAAAGUCCACCGAGCGAAAGAAUGUCUGGAAUCCAUAUACCAUGAUAAGCCGGACAUAAUGAACUGAGAUGGCCUGCGUUUCAUCUAACCGAUCGAUUUGGUCAAUGUGACCAGAGGUCACCAUACCAUACUGAGUUCUGCUGGGCGACAUCAGGUCAAAUUUGGUUGUAACAGGGAGUUUGAUCCACUUUGACUCGAAUAAUAUAUAUUCAACAAAAGGAACACCGUUUGAUUUGUUUU